AUGAGGUCCAAGUGGAGCAUGCUCCCGGAGGAGCUGAGACUCCAAGUGCUGGAGACUUUAGCGCAUAGCAGCUUCGAGAAGCAUGGCUUGACCAACUACGCCCUCGUCUGCAAGUCAUGGAAGAGUAUAUUCGAAAAGGCUAAUUUUCGCAGCUUGACCAUUGACCAAAUGGAUUUUGAGAACCUCGCCAAGAUCCCAAAGCGUUGCUGGCCAUAUGUCAAGCACAUCUGGCUUCGCAUUGAGCUUGAGAAAUACUAUCCUAUGCUAAGGACAGGAUCAGUAAGGCCGGAAAUGCUGGAAGAUACAGCGUCAUACAAUGACCGGAUCGAAGCCACCAUAGGGAGGCUCUUUCAUAUACUCAGCUCCUGGGAAAAGGUGGUUAAGCCAGAUGUUCGUGGCAUAACUCUAGAGCUGAGCGUCCAUUCGCCGAGUAACUCUACCUACAUCCCUAGAGGAGUCCAUGCAAAAGGUCUAGAUAUGCGGAUGCCGUUUACGCGGAAUCGUGAAUAUCGCAGUACCCCCAAUGCUGAAGUCGCCGCUUCCAGAGCACUUGGUGGAAAUGUCCACAUCAGAUUUGACAAUCAACUUCCCCGGCUGAAGCUGGUAAAAACACUCAUUAUACCUAGACAUACACGUCGACGGUUCACUUCGUUUACGCUACACCAAAUACUCAACAGACUGCCAAAUCUGGAAUAUUUGGCCUAUGAGCCAUGGAAACAGCCCUUGGAUACACUUCAAGACGUGGUUGAUGCAGGAUAUGUCAAUCUCAUAAAAGGUUCUAUUCCUGCGCGAUUGAAGCAAGUUAUAUUUUUAGAAGAUCGGGAUGACACGUUGACAAAGGUUCCUACACUGUCCAACACCGUGGACGAGAAAUAUGCUCGGAAACCGAACCCUUACAUUGGCAUGGCUUUGGCGAAUAAGAGCCUAGGAUUUGAGAACUUGGCGGCAACGUUUCUCGUCGAGGCGAGCGACUUCUUCCAGGCGUACAAGCCAGAGUGGAUCUGGAGAGACUUACGAUCCUUGACGUUGACAUCGUACCUUCUGGACCCUAAGCGAAAAGUUGACGAGAUUAACGGCAUGCUGCAAGCGGCUGGCGUGGCGGCACUUGCGAUGCCCAUGCUCCAAACCCUGGAAAUAUGGAAUGGCGGCGUAGGGCACGCGGCUGUCUUCGCCUACCAUGCUGAACGGAGUGAAGCCGUCAUCUCAUGGACCAGCACCUGGGACCUGGUCUUUAACCCAUAUGUCGUCGAUAUUUGGCGAAAAGUGGGUUACAAAAACCACCGCUGCGAGAAGCUGGGCAUAGAGCAGCAUCUCAUCGAGGAUACCGAUGCUAUACGGAGAUAUGUAGACGUUAUUGAGUUGCUCAGGACGAAGAAACACGUCAUAAGCCGGCAAUCAUUAGACGAGCUGCGGUACGAACUUGAGAAUGACUGUAUAUGCUUUCCCUAG